AUGCAAACCAAUGACACUAACAUGAAUGUAGGCUGGUGGUUCACUGUUAGUGUGUUCUCGUUCAGACGGUUGUAUGUGUAUGACAUAACGCAGAUAAAUAUACGGGACACCGUGCUCGGCUUCUAGUCAGUGACGUAUACUCAUGGGGGAGUUUAGUUCUAGUGCUAAUGCAAACAUAGGUUUGAGUGUAGUGGAGAUAUCGGUGAAUUCGGCCAAAAGCAAUCCGACUACGAAUUCGUUAUUCUACACCACACCUACGACGUCGUCGUCGUCGCCGUCUUCAGCGACGUCGGGAAACGCCGUCGAUCAGACGAAGGUAUAUAAUUCAACAAUGCAAGAUGAUCUUUCCGCCUCCGAAAAGAAUCAAGUAUCAAGUGUCUCUGUCAGUGGUGGUAACGCGGAAGAACUUUCGUUGGCGACGUCGUCCUCUUCGGUCGCGACGUCUGCAAUAGACAAAAAUUCUAUUACAUCAGCUGCCGCUGCGGCUGCAGUUUCAAAAGACUGCGAAAAUUCCGUCAACGAUCUAUCCGAUAAAUUGAAUGAUCAAGUUUCGAGAAACUCUAAGACGGUACCAUCUUUACAACCUCUCUUUCAUCCAGCUGAAGCGAGUACGCCAGCUGGUGCGCUCUGGUCAACAGCUAUAGAAGAUGGAUAUGCACCAAAUUUCGCUAACGUUAAUGGAGGUAUGGGUUUUCAAAAUUUUUCUUCGUCAACUCAACAACAACAACUUUUCGGUGGUAACAACAUGAAUCAGAAUCACGUGAACCAAGGCCGAAGAGCAAUCACAGCUAGCCAUAAUUUUCCUCAUAAUAUGGCAAGACAGCAAUCGCUUUCAAAUCAUCCCUUGUAUAAAGGUUACGGAUCUUGGGCUAAUCCUCCCCCGGGUCAGAAUUGGUCCCCGGGUAAUUCUUCUGUGUGGAAUCGUGGUCGAAGUGUACCAAAUCUUCCUCCUCUGCAGCAGAUUGGGGUAGGAUUAGGCGGGGCGGGUCGGAAACCAAGUCCUACUUUUAAUCAACAGCAGGUUAUCUCCCCUGUAAAGUUUCGCAGAAGCACUUCUUAUCCGGGAAAAGGGCCUUUUCCACAGCCACCUACAUUCGAGAUCACCAACAUGGAUGAAGCCAGAGAAUUGCUGCCCUAUCAGGAUCGUUGCGGAGUAGUUAGCGCAAAUGGUAACAGCCCUUUAGAAAAUAUGAGAGGACUGGAGCAUUAUUUGAAUGAUAUUAUGAGUCCACAAAGCAACACGACUGACAUGAAAGGUUUUAUUAACACUAAUAUGUUUCCAUCGUUACAGUUACAUGGUAAAUCGCACUAUUUUCCAAGUUUGGACGAUCAGGCUGGACCUGUCCUUUUAGAAGAACCUAGUCACCUAGUCGAUAGUACUUUAGGAACACAACCUUUGAGUUCACCUUCAAGAUCUUCACCGCAUUCGCAGGGAUCCGAAGGCGGCGAGAGAUUUUCUAGGAAGGUUUUCGUUGGUGGACUUCCCCCAGAUAUAGACGAAGACGAAAUCACGGUCAGUUUUAGGAGAUUUGGACCUUUGGUAGUCGACUGGCCACAUAAAGCAGAAAGUAAAUCAUACUUUCCACCAAAAGGAUACGCUUUUUUAUUAUUUCAGGAUGAGAAUUCUGUACAAAGUUUAAUAGAUGCGUGUAUAACUGACGAAGAUAAAUUAUAUUUAUGCGUUUCGUCUCCUACAAUCAAAGACAAACCUGUACAAAUACGACCUUGGAGAUUAUCGGAUGCAGAUUUUGUUUUGGACGCAUCCAUGCCCUUAGACCCUAGGAAAACUGUGUUCGUCGGUGGUGUACCACGACCCCUUAAGGCUGUUGAAUUAGCUAUGAUAAUGGAUAGAUUAUAUGGCGGUGUAUGUUACGCUGGAAUAGACACGGAUCCGGAAUUAAAAUAUCCCAAAGGUGCUGGACGAGUAGCUUUUAGCAAUCAACAAAGUUAUAUAGCUGCGAUCAGCGCUAGAUUUGUACAAUUGCAACACGGCGACAUAGAUAAGAGGGUAGAAGUUAAACCAUACGUUCUUGAUGACCAAAUGUGUGAUGAAUGUCAGGGACAACGAUGUGGGGGAAAGUUUGCUCCAUUUUUCUGCGCAAACGUCACUUGUUUACAGUACUACUGUGAGCAUUGCUGGGCCACAAUACACUCUAGACCCGGACGAGAGUUCCACAAGCCAUUAGUGAAGGAAGGGGCCGAUAGGCCCAGGGCUGUGCCAUUCCGUUGGUGUUAACGCAGGAGCGCUUAGUACUGCGGCCAAGGGUUGCGCCACUCUUUUAGCUUAUUACCAUACACUGUGGUAGCAGCCCUCCAAUGUAUUGCUUAGGCCAAAAUUUUAUAGUAGCAAUUAUACAAAUUUCGAGUAUAUUUGAGAUAAUGAAUCAGUCCGAUUACGAUUAGGCGAUUUUAAUUAAACCAGGGUCUGAACAAUUACAACGUACUUUUGACAGAAAUCUCCGACACUGGGUAUCUCUCAAUGAUAUUUUGGUCUUAAUAGAAAUGUUCGUGGGAAAUUUAUUGUAAUAACCUCCAAAUUUCAUAUGUCAAAGUGUCAUGACAAUCGGUUUAUUGAAAUGUGUUACCUCAACAUAAAAAUAAACGUGUGAUGGUCUCUGUAUUUUGGUAAGUGGAUAAUUUUUUUUAUGGGCUGUCUUGUAUAAGGUUGACAUCAAUAUCAUAAAUUGUUAGGAAUUAAGGUAAAAUUACGAAUCAUUUUUCAUACAUGAAGUCAAAUCUCAAAAAAAUUAGGAUAUACCCUGUGUUGCCAACUCGACAGAAAUCCGGGACACUAAAUCAAUAAAUAAGAUUUUAUAAACACAAAAAAAUUUACAAAUUAAGAAAAAAAUUAAAUUAAGUGUAGUAUUUUCUUCUUUCUUUAUCGGUCAUACUUUUUCCAUUGAUAUUUUUUUGCUACGUGCAUUCGAGCCCUUAUCUUGUUUGGAAUUAGACAAACUUUGUUUCUUAUCUUGUCUCUUAUCAAAUCCACGCUGUAUUAGUUUCUGGACUUCGUUCAUUUGACCUGCAUGUGAGAAACACUCAGUACGCAGGUCCUGAACAGAUUUUAGCGCGUCCAAGUUAGCUUCUUUGGCACUAGCAAAAAUCUAAUAUUAUUUCUCCUGAACUGUCAAAGUUGAACUCAGAAAAACAGGUUUUACAAUAGAAUGCUUAUCGAAUAGAUGAUCUAUGGAGAUGUUUUUCCAAAUGGCCAGAUGGCCAGUGCAGUGGCAUCAUCUAAAAGGUCUUUUGAAGAAAUAUGAUCUGUCAUAGAUAGACAAGAUAUACUUAUUCAAAGGGUUAUCGUCGCUGAAAUCAAAACUAUUAUCUAAAUAGUAGCAAAUUUGGAAAUCGGAAACUGCACUUUGAAAAAUGUCUAUUCUUGGCCAUUCUCAAAUGGGAACAAAAAAUUGUUAAUUUUUUGGUCUUUUAAACGUUUUCUCAAGAAAUCUAUUUAGUUUUUUUAUGAUUGCGCAUAUAUUAACAAGAAAGCAAAUAGAUAUUCAACAGUUUUGAGUGAUUAAAUAUUUCCGGUUGAUCUUUAUCCAAAUCUUCUAAGCCCAGCAGUUGUUUCAACGCGAUGUACUCAAGAGCUGGGCCUGAAGACAAACACCUAGUUGAUACAUGUUCGACAAGCUCUUGCUAUUGUAUUUCGACUUCCUCCACGAACUUUUUCAAAAUUUCCCUCCUGGGUAAAUUGUUGAAAGUGAUUUCGAUUCAGUAGCAAAGAAUCAAUUCUUCGUUACUGCUUAACUACCAAACCCGGGACAAUUGUGUCCCAAGGGCAGACAAGGCGAUACAAGGGACAAUAAUGGAAAUCGGGAAUGUUCCAGGAAAUCGUGUACUGAUGGUAACCAUGGGUAUACCCUUGAUUAGAACUUUAUUAGAAAUCAAAAUUCUCAUGUUAUAUCAAAACUAGCUUAAGGAUAUUUUUAUUCUUAUUGAUAAUUUCAAAGAUUUUUCUAUAUUUCCAGUAAUUGAUUUUUAUUGUUCUAAAAUAAAUUAUCGACAUUGUUAUGAAAAACGAAUAUCGAACAAUACCUAUUGUUGUGACUUUUAUAAUAAGGCGGUGAAUCAUGUAUCGAACCAAUUUUUCCACAAAAGUCUCUAGUAGUUACAAACUUUAAAGAAAUAAGCAACUGCGUGCUUAGGAAAAAAGAAUAAUUGUAUUGGAAUCAUAAACGAAAACAUACUCCCUCACAAUAUUUUCAUACCCUUUUUUAUAUGAAAAUAAGGAAGCAUUAAGAUACUCAGUGUCUUUUAGCAAUUUAGAAAUUCACAGUUUUAACAAUAAUUCUUUUAGAUGUGAUUCAAUCACUCUAAAUAUAGUGUAAUUACAUAUUUGCCAUAUAGACGUAAAAUAUAAUGUGUGUAUAAUAAUUUAGAAGGUUUGCUAGUCACUUAUAGAGUUUUGCUAAAUAGUAAUUGAAAGGUGAUUACAUUGAUUCAUAUUCCAAGUAUAAACAAAACAUUAAUUCACUAUUUAAUCUAUCACUAUCAUAAUCUUUUGAUUUUUUGUUAUUUUCAACUAUUUUUUUCAUGCAAUUUGAUUAUGAAAGUAACCCACAUAUUGCCGUCAAGGAAAAUCAGUGAUAUAUUUAAUUUCAACCCCUAUGUGCAGAUACGUCAUUGUUUCUCUUAAAAUUGUUCUUUCUAGAAGACAAACGUCGUCUGUUACUUAUUUCAGCUGUUUUAAAAUUUUCGCAUCUAAAUAAAUACAAAGGAAGAAAAGAGGACUUUGAAAGCUGUAACAUUAAAAUCAUAUAUGUUGUGAUUUAGGAUUUCAUGUGCACAACUACCCAAAGAAUCUAUUGCAUUGGUAGUUAGAAAUUACAUAAAUACUCUGUCACUUUUGACUGCAACUGGCUUUGUUUCAUUUUUAGCUCUCCAAUUGCAUAAGUUGAGCACCCAAUCGAGGUUAUGUUUCAAAUAGUUUUUAGAUUUGCGCGUCAAUCACAGUUGCGUCUCCCCUCGCUUCUCAAACAUCUGAUAAAUAUUUGUGCGUCAUGAGCUACCAACUGUAGAAUUGAGGUUAUGUAGGACAUCUAUUUCGAUUCACAUUUGUGGAAGAAGAAAAAAACAUUAUUGAAUGCAGAAACAAAUUCGGAAUAUGUGUAAUUUCUCAAUGAAGACGACUAUAAAUAUAUACAGUAUAAACAGGUGUUCAAUAAAUUGGAAAAUAACUAUUGAAUGAAGCUGAUACUCCAGCUAUGACGCAAGUACCCUAAGUCAGUUCUGAGUUGAACUACAGUUACUUUCAGGUUUCCCUGUAUUUAGGUGAUUUUUAUAUUUCUAUAGACAUAUUUCCAUUUGACGUAUCGUUGCAGAUAUGUCAUUAUUUUUUUGGAAUAGAUACUGGGCAAAAUACAAAAUGUCUAAUUUUAAAAAAAAUUUCUAGAAUGUCAAAUAUUGUUUAUAAGUAGGUAUACAACGGAUAGGUGUGUAAGGGAUGGACAUUAGAACAUACUGUAAAAUAACGAUUCUAGAAAGAGUUACUGUAAAUCAACAGAGAGAUAGACCAGACGAAGCAUGUGAAGCUGCCCAUGAAGAGUUUCAAAUUCUUCUUCAAUUGCGGUUCGGAGGUCGAGAAGGGUGCGUGGCUCUCUUGCAAAAAGAAAUCACAGGGUGCCAGGUCACAUGACCGUGCAGGCCACUCAACGAAUCCUCGUCUGCCUAUCCAUUCCCCAAAAUGAACAUUGAGGUACUCUCGCACACAUAACACGUAUUUCGGCAAAGCUCCAUCCUGCAUAAAAUGACGUAUGUUCGCGAGUAUUCUCCAUUUGCCCAAGUAAGCAUUCCCAGAUAACUUUGGCACGUCACGUGACCUUAAAAAAGUACGGACCCACGAGACCUCCCACAUGGAUAUCUAUAUAUUUAGGUUGCUAAAAUAGAUUUGAUGAAGUGACUGCAAUCUUUUUAGAUCUAUUAUUGUCGUCUAAAUUACAUUCUUUAAUUUUGAUCUUCAUAUGAAGCUCUUAGGACAUAAUCUAUGAAAAAACUUAUCUGCCAACUUCAUCAAUUUCAGAUGCCCAGUUUAUCAGCUUUACUUGUUGGUUUAUUUCGGUGAUUUUUGUAAAAUGAACUAUUUUUUCUUGUUCUGCUAGUACCAAGAACUACAAGUUUAUUAAAUUGCUGCAGUUUCUUCUUCUGAUAACUUUAUAGAAGAACUUAUCAGCCAACUUCAUCAAUUUUAGAUGCCCAGUUUUUGAGCUUUACUUGUUGGUUAAUUAUGGUGAUUUUUGUAAAAUGAACUAUUUCUUCUUGUUCUUCUUAUAAAGCCUAGAAACUGGAUCUUUAAUGUAGUUCCUUGUCUUGUACCCCAAAAACAGUUUCUUCUUCUGAUGAUGUAAUAUAUAGAAGAAAUUGUAUGCCAACUUAAUUGAUUUCAGAUUUUCCUUUAACACUUUUGACUGUUUUUCAGCUCUACGCAUUGGUUAGUUGAUGAAUAUGAGCUAUUUUUCUUAUUUUCACCAUAAAUAAAAUACACACAAAUAUUUUGAAAAGUGGAAUUGCCUUUCAAUUCGAUUUCUGUCGAGUAGAUAAGCAGUGUAACGACCUUUGGACAACAUUCAAAAUCUCAUAUUAAUACAUGUAACCAAAAUAUCUUUUUUAUGGCGCCUGGUGGUAGCGAACAUGUUUCACUGUCACAGCAUUGGUCUGGCCACAUGAGACGGCGUGCUACACUAAAAAAAAAUAGAUAAUAGUUAAUUAUUAUAUGUAGCGCGACCUAGUCAGUUACUUCAGGGUAUUGUAAAUACUAUAGUCUAAUUGCAAACAUGAAAUCUCCUAAUAAAUUACUCACAAAAUAUAAUUUUUUUAAAAAAUUGUGAAAUUGUACUUCUCAAACAAAAUAUAAUACAAUUUAUUAUUUAUUUUGGUGAAGUUGAGUGAUUUGGUAUAUAGAAAAUUAUAUUGUGUGAGUAUCGGUUUGCUAAAAAAUAUUUCUAAAAUCAAAACUUAUUUCUAUUUAUUAUGGUCUAUUUGAUUAUAAAAAGUUGUUGAUUAGGAGAUUUUGUGAAUAACCAUUGCUGGGCAGAGUAAAAAUCGCUUAAUAGUGUUGACCACUUAGCUCCAAGUACCUGACUACCCUGUAUCCUGCAAAAUUGCUUAUACACCUAAAUUCAUACUACCCUAUCUUACAACUCUAGCGACAUGAUCCAUUAACUUUCCACACGAAUUUUGCUAUAUCUUUCUACUUGAUUUACCUUUUAUUAAACCAUUUAAUGGAUUUUUGAUAAUUUUACAGCAAUAUCAUUUUCACUGGUGUUUAAGUCAAAAUUUUUGAUCGAAUUUUUUACAAAAAGAUUAGAUACUUUUGAUAUAAAUUCUUUAAAAAAAUGUUUUGGCACCUGAAUCGUGAAUUUCACAAAAGGGUCAAAUAUCAACACCAAAGAAUAAUUAUAAGGGCUUAAACUUUAGUGUAAGUGUCUGAAAUUGCUUAUUUAAUCCAUUCUCCAUGUUCCAAACUUGUCUCAACCUUAAUAAUGUUUUUAGUUGCUCUUAAUAUAUAAACAUCUAAAGAGAGAAAACACUCUAAAAAUUUAUUGAAGUUAGAUAUAUUGAAUGGAUUAAAUAAAUGUGUUAACAUAAUUAUUAAAUUUGUGUAUAUAGUAUAAUCUCUAACUUAAUUGAACGAUUUUUUCAUUAAAAAAUUGUAACCAUGUAAAUUUAAAGAGUGAGAUAAGAUCUCAAAUUGUGUGCUGACAAAGCAUAUGAAAAAUUGUUAAUUUUAUUUUGAUUAAUUGUUUUCUAUAGUCUCAACAUUUUUAUUAACUAAAAUGUAAUAAAAUUAUUUGUUAAAUUCUUAGCUAAAUUUGUAUAUAUAAGGAAACAAGUUGAAACUAUUUAAUCGAUUCAUAUCAGAUGAUUAAGUACAAGAAUAGCGAAUCUAAAUGAAUUCCUUGUUUCUUUUUCUUUAAAUUCAGUUAAUCCGAAAUUAUAAUUUCUAAUUUUAUAACAAUUUAAGACAAUGAAAAGUUUUUAAAACUCAAAUGUUUUUCAAAUUGUACAACAAAUAGCUGAUUGUCAAUUUCAGCUGCCCAACUUCAUAUAUUGAUAAUUUUUCGUUAAAAAACUUUUUCUCUAUUGUAAUCCAAUAUGGCAUCCAGAAAAAAGCAACUUAAAAAAUACAGAGUAACUCAUUUAGAUUGGAAACGUGCGUGUGAACAUUUAAAAAUGUUUUUAUAAAAAAAAUCCUUUUUCCACCACUAAAUAGUAUCUUAAAAAUUGGAAAAGCAUUUAAAAUUCUACCCCGAAGUAGAUAUUUUACUAUUUGACACUAAAAAAAAGGGUAACUAACAGAUUUUCUGAUAUAAAUGAGUCACGAAAUACAAAAUAAAUUAUGAAUACAAAAAAAAAACAAUUGAUGACAUUCAUAGAAAAGUUAAAACAUGAGAAAGUAUUGAAAAAUAAGGAAAUAAUUCCGUAUCUGCAUUAGAAUUUGGAGUUUCCGGUUUUAAAAUAACCGGAUUAGUUGACUUGUGACUCGGCUUUGUAAACCGGAUUUAUGGAUUACACGAAACGACAGUUCCUCUAGAUUAUAAAAAGAUCACAUUUUAUAGAAAAAUAUGUUUUUCUCAAGUUAUCACUCAUAUAAGAUAACCUAACCUAAAAUUAAGUAAACCUAACCUAAUAAAAAUAUGGAUCCUUUCUCAGUCUACUUAACUACAUCAAGAAACAUUUCAAAAUCCGAAUGUAAAUAAAUUUGAAUAAAUAAAAAUAUGGAUAAUUGUUUUCAACUUUUUUCUGCUGUUUAUUCAUAAAUCCAUUUUAAAAAACCGAACCGGAAGUCAAUCGAUCCAAUUAUUGAUAAAAUAGGAAGUACUAAUGCUGGUAGAUCGAUAAAUGGGUUCCUAAUAGCCCCGAGCCCAUGAGUGCAAGUUCCCAGGGGGCGCACAACCGAGAGAUUUAUGAAAAUAUUCAUAACUCAACAUCAGGUAUUGUAUUGAGUUCAUGCAUGUGGGUCAGAAAUUUAAAGCAGAUGAAUCAGCAACAAUGACUACGCUUUGCGGUAAUUCUCUGCGGGUUGGAUCGUUUUUUUUCAGCCCCACAAACGUGACUUACUAUUUAAUAUAUAAAAUUGCUAAAAGUGUUUCGAGAUAGCAAUUUAUUAACCUAGGACCAAGUAUAUUCUUCAAAAAAAUGAUAAACUUGCAUCGGGGAGUGCCUGAUAUAAUUCUUUAAUAAAGAUUGUUAGGAAAGUAACGUUAAACAGACUAAGAGGCGGAAAAAAUUAUUGGGUGUAGGGGCGCCAAAAUGCUAAAUCCAACCCUGUUUACGACGUCUAAAAUUCUUAAUGAACGUGUUUUUGUUGUGAUUCUAAACCGGGCAGAUACGGAAGCACAGUAAAAAAUAAUUAAAAUAAAACUGAAACUUGAAAGGAUAAAGUUGAAAUUCAAGAUGACACGGAAAAUAUAAUAACAUAAAAAUAAAUUUUAGAACCAGAUCAACUAUUGGACAAUAGAAAUGUUUGAAGCAGGAAAACUGUUUACCAAAAUUUACCAAAACAAAAUUGUACAAAGAAAAAGAAUUGAAGAGAAUAAUGAUAAGAGCUAUAAAAGUAAAAAGAAUGUCAUAUAACGACAAAUUUUCAAUGAAUUUAUUUAAGGCAUUCGAUUUAUUUGAAAUGAAAUGAGAGUGAAAAUUGUACGUUUCAAAACUCAGUGUGUAUUUCAUUUGCACUGUAGUAUAUUUAUAUGUUGUGUAGUAGUUUCUAUAUCAAGGAUGGCACAGGUCAAAUAUAUAAUUGGCUUAAAAUUAUCAUAAUUUUAGAAGCUUGUUUCCCACAAAAUUGCUAUAUUUUAUAAAAUUAUCGUUGUAAAUCUUGUUUCAAAAAAAUAAUAUAUUUUUUAAAUCAAUUUUUCUUAUCUCUAUGAAGUUUAACAUUGAAUUGAUUUGUUUGAAUUUCCAAUAGGGUCCUUGCAUACUUUUUUUAUACCUCAACUACGUUUUAAAGUUCAUAAAAAAAUAAUGACGCGCCAAAACGCAUUUGUUGUCACAUGACUGAGUGUGACGUUGUGUGACGAAGAAAGUAUGUAAACGGCAACAUAAUACAAAUGUUCUACCAUCGAAAGCUUCGAUCAAAAUAUAACCUUCAAAGCUAUCAUCUUUAUUACUACAUUUUAAUAAAGUUCAAGCAAGCAAAUGUGAUAAUGACGUUACUAUAAGUAAGUCUGAUUAGUAUUACUUACGUAUCUGCUUUUACUCCACGUAUUUCAGACGAAGUAAAUAAUUGAUUAUUAGCAAAGAAUGUAGCAGCCAUGAAUGUAUCUACUUUAGGUAGAUUGUACGAUCUUGCUUCGAUAAAUCCUAUUUCGGCCAUCAUUUCAAUUAGAAUAGUCUUUGAAACCCUCACAAAACCACAAAUCGCACUAAACAACCAAUUACUUCCACUAAAAACAACAGAAUGGCGUUUGAAAGGAGACAAAGGAGUCAUAAAUAAGAAGUGAUACACAAAUUUUUAAAUAUGUUAAAUACCCAAUUUACCACUGCAAGGACCCUAUUGUAUAUGUGUUAAUCUAACUUGUUUAUAAAAACUUGAGAUAAGACAACACAGCAUAAAUAAAACAAAUGCCUCAAUUCUUACAUAUUUACCAUUCUAAAUCAUCAUUUUGCUGAAAACUGUUAUUACAAUAGUGGAAUUGUUACAUAUAUAGUCAAAAUUAACGCAAGAUUUGAAAUGAAUAGAAAACACAGUUUUUAUAGAAAUAACAAAUCGGAUAAAUGGCCUCCGCGGCUAUGCAUACACGUACGCACUCGUUGAUCCAAAUUGUCCAUGAUCAUUCUGCAUAAAUGUGGCUUAAUUUCGUCGAAUCUCCUCCUGUAAUGCACGCGUGGUUGUGGGCUUAUCGUAGACCUGUGAUUUUAAUAACCCCAUAAAGAGUAAUCUAAUGGUGUUAAAUCACACGAUCGAGGAGGUCACUUCUAAUCACCGAGACGAGAGAGUACUCGACCUGGAAAUGUCUCAUGCAGUUAUUGAAGUGUCACCAUUUUGUUUAAACAACAUAUUUGCCACCAAAAUGUCCUUUACAUCCAUCGAACCAAACGUUACUAAAAGAGUACAACAGAUGUGGUCAGCUCACUUAAAGGAAAGCUAGAUGACUAUCGUUAGAGAUAACCAACAAAUUGAAGUUACGGGAAUCCAUUAAUGAAUGGAAUUUUAUCACACCAAUGCGGGGCAGCAACUUUUAAGUCACCUUAUUAACUGAUGGUAUUAUAAAAAUUUUUUCAGGGAAAUAUUAAUAAGAAAAUAUUUUUAGACCUAAACACACAGUGGAUUCAUAUUUUGACAAAAAGCAUGGCAACAUUUUGAGUUUUAUUUAUCAAACAAUGACAAUCGAUAUACUUGAAAAUCGUGAAAACAUAUCAAGGCACACGUUAAAAAAGGCUAUAGUUAUUUUCUUAAAAAAAUCCUUUUUUCAUUUUGUGCUUUUCUUUAAAAGUCUCAGGAUGGACUAAAAUUACGGACGUUCCAAUUAAGCUCUUCCCUAAAAAGUUCAAUAGGAUGGAGAACCGGUUUCUGAGGAGGCCAAACCAUGUUUAUUAACACCCCUUGUGAUUCUUUAUCAUCCAAAUAUACUCUGCAUAAUAUGGAACUACGCUUGGAAUCCUUGUCCUGUUGGAAAAUAAAUCCAUUUGUAAUUAAUUGCAAAACCGAAAGCACGGCAUUUUUUUCUAAAAUUUAUUUGUACUGUUCCUUUUUGAUAAUUCCUUGUUUUGGCAAUGUUGAUCAAAUCGCCAGGUCCAUGGCUUGAAAAGCAAUCCAAGACCAUAAUUGAACCACCACUUUGGUUGAUUUUUGGGACUACACAGCCUGGCAUCAUCUUUUCUUGGUGACUGCGUCGGUACAAAAAGCAUCUACUGCAUCCGUUUUUUCUUGUUUUGUGACCUUAGCCAUGGUUCUCGAACGGAGACGAAAUCAUACAACAUCGCAUUUCUCAGUCGCCGUUUUGCUAUAGUAAGUAAUAAAGGUUUAUCUUGGGUUUUGUUUACUUCAACGUUUAUUUCUGGUGCUGUUAAGCAUCUAUUUCGCUUGUUGGUAACAACAAUGAAAUGAUCUUCACUCUACGUGUUAGAUCUCGGCCUUCCCGAGCGUGGACCUUCUUGAAAACUGCCUUCAUGCCAUGAACACAAGUGUUUUGUAAGAAUCUCACAUUAGGUUAUGUAAAACAAUGAUGUCAGAACACACCUCACUACUAAUUUCGCGGGCUUGUCCCAUUACAGAAACCACAAGUUUAGACUAAUUGAGAUUGUUUGUGAACAAAUCCAUGCAACCAGGUUAGCACGUUUUUUAGAAGCUUAAUAAUCCUUAUUAUUGCCUGAUAGGAAAUAAAGUAAAAGCACAUCAUAAAAAUAUUAUUACGACUCUAGCACCUGGAUCUAACGCAGCGUUGUUCAGUGUUUGAAAACAAGAUUUGUUAAUUGUUCAAUGAAAGAAUGACUUUAGGUAUUGGAUAUUAUCGAUAGAAUACGCAGAUGUACACUUCUUUUAUUUAUGUUUAGCUCGUCUCCAGUUCAGUCGUCUUUUGUCCAGGUUUUUUUCUAUUUCUCCAUUCAAUUUCCAUAUCACUUUAUUUGUUCUGUUCUUCAUUCUCACUAUGUGUCCAAACCAUCUCAAUUAUUCGAUUUUUUGCACUGUCGAGUCUCUUCAUACUCGCUAUUUUUCCCAGAAACUUCAUUUCACAUUUUACUUAAAUUUUUUGGUUAGCACCUAGGAUUCGCAACUAUAGAUCAGCAUUGGUAGUAAGAUUUGUUAUCUCUUUUUAUUUUCGAAAAAUACUGUAUACAUAGGUAGAUAUUGUCUUAUUCACCUUAUUGGCAACCACUUCGUCAAUUUUUCCAUCUAGUCUUCAGCUUGAUGACGCUCUUCUUUCCUAGUUCUUGUCUUUGCACAUUUAUUUCUUCUGGUUUGUUUGAUAAUUCUGUAUUUUGUAUAUCCCAGAACCGCAAUACAUGAUGAUUAAAUUGUUUGUUUCAUACUGAGGCCUCCAAUAGCUCAGUGCUUAUUCAACUUUGAAAAACAAGAUCCUGUACUGAUUACGACUGGAUUUUUGUGAAACUUUACAAGAAACGAAACCUCUCGGUCCCAUUUUUUAAAAUUUAUUCGUUUUAUCAAUGGGGUCUCAUUUACUUUAUCGAUACAGUACACAAUCAUUGAUAAUUAUUUCAUAAUUUUCAAAUUAAAAUAUUCCGAAAACGGUACACAGUAUCGAGUUUUAUCAAGAGUAGCUUUUUGUUGUAAAAUUAAAUGAUGUUCACUUGAAAUCUUGUUUGAUAAAUCUAAUGUUGAAAAAGUUAUGUUUAAUACAACUUGGUACGAACCGUGUAACUAGCGCCCUUUAUGAGAGUCAGACAUAAAAACAAAUUCAUUGGAUGUAUCAAUUUCCAGAACAUAUUCGUAUAAAAUUUCAUUCCAAUGUUGCCAGUAGUUACGGAAAAAUCGUCAAAAAUUGUAUAAUUGUUUUUUCUUCAACGCCCCUUAUCGUGAGUACGGAUGGCGUUACGAAAUUUUUUUACUGAGCAAACCCCAAAUAUUUUUUAGUUUUCUAUCUAUCCUACAGACGGGAUCACCUUUUUUUGAAACACCCUGUAUUUUGUGUUAGCUAAUAUCAGUAGGUUGUUUUAAUGUGGUGGUAAACUUUUGGCUGGCAGUGUAGUUUUGCAAGUAUAAUGUCACGUAACUAAUAGCUAAAAUUUCACAUUUCUAUUUCGCAAAAAUAUGAAAGAUUUUUUAAAUUUUGGACUAGAAUAAAAAAUACUUAUUAUUUUCAGUUUUGUUAAUAUUGUACUCGCAGCUUUCUAUUUACCGCCGCAGGUGAAAAUUAUUCAGUACGAGUACAAAUUUGGUUUAGAAAAAUAAAUAUGUGGAAAUGUAUGGCACAUAUAAUAAUAAUAGUUAUUAUUUGUCAUGAGAAACUGUGAUGAGCUGUAAACCCAUUAAAGCGAAUGAACGUUGUUUUAAAAACAUUUCAAGUUAGGAUUACGAAUUAGAGUAUUUUUCUAUUUUGACUUGUAAAUAUGUAGGUACCAAAGAUGUUACAUGUUUCUACAUUGUUGAUGUGUAAAUGUAUUCCUAAACGACCAGGUAAAUUAAUUAUUAGGUAAUAACAGUUUGCUCAUUUAGAUAAAUUUCGAGUUGGAAGAUAUGUAAAAUUAAGGAUCAUGUUAUUUCGAUCUUGAAUUGCUUCCUGCUUAGUGUCCGCUAACCGUUGUCCACAUCCUUCAUAACUCACGAUCUGAUCUUUAAAUUCAUCCAUCAAACCAAAAAAUUAUUUUAAUUUUAAGUCAUUUCUAAAUUGAGCAUGCAGGUUAUAAUUAUCAAAAGCUAUAUAGAGUUUUAUUCAUUUAAAUUAUCACGAUGCAAGAUUUUUUUUGUACUUAUUUGAGUGUAAACGAUACUUUUUAACAUUUUUUUCCUGUUUUUUUUUUUAACUAUAAAUUUCUUAUAGAAUUUCUGGAUUUUAGAUCAGAUUAGAAAACAUCCAUCUAUUAUCAUGUGUGAUACUGAUAAACGUCUUAAAUGUAUUACCUAAAUCAAUUGCAUGGAUAUGUAUAGUAGUAUAUAUUAUAUAUAGUAUCAGCUAUUUUAAGACUUUGUAUUUUUUAAAUUUGAAUUUUUAUACUAAACUGUUAUAAAUGGUGACUAUGACUAGUACAGUUUUGAUGUGUGCAAUAAUUGAGUGGAGCGAAUCGCUAAGUAGAGUUUUAUCUUUAUAACAACCGAAGAAAAUAGGUCAGUUGUUGAUACACCAUUACUUUUAACAUUUCCAACAAUGUUCCUCAAACAUCCAUAUAACAACUCACUUGUGAAGAUACCUAUAUCAAAUUUUUCAAUUAAAAAUUGCAUUGUAAUCUCCACAAAUAAUAUUAGCAAAAAUAUUCAGAAAACAAUAUUUCCCAAAUGCACCUAAAUCAUAAUUUAUAAGACAUCUAUUAUCAAACUUAUGAAUAUAACAAAUAUUUACCAAGUUCUGUUAUUAGUCCGGGAGGCAGAGGCUUUUUUUCCAGGAAUUACAUACCGACUGAGUUUAAUACUAUAGUCGACGAAACGUCAAUCAGUCCAAUUGUUCUUAUACUAUAUUGAUGUUGAUUUACCACAAAAAACAACCCUCAAUUGUGCGGCAGACGGGGAAUGAUGCGUCAGUCGCACAAAAAUAAUAAGAAUUUCAUCCCACUUGAAGUUUUCCCGCAUGAUUUCAUAUAUACAUAGAAAUAUAAUAGGUUCGUUCCAACCCAUCAAAAAACUGCGACGAUUCUGCGCAUUACGUGUUCCAACCGUUAUACGAACUAUUCUGUUUUGUGUUCCAACCUAUUUAGUUUGUGAACCGAAGGAUUUAUGGUGGCGCCAUCUAUCGCGCUAACGAGAAAUCAUAUCGCAUAAUGUAAACAGAGGGAGAGGUAUGCAUAAAAUAUACUGAAAUCGCGUUUAAUACUGCACAUAAACACAUUUAUAAAAUAAUAAAACAAUUGAAUACUUUAUAAAUAUAUUCUUCACGCUAUAGUUAUGUAUGGUGUUGCCAUGUAGUGUCAAAUACAGAAGCUAAAAAUUACGAUUCGAACGAAUCAGUGUAUCUUUUUUUAGAUAUUCCGGAUUUACAAUGUUCCACUAUACUUGGUUGAUAGCAAAUACUGUGCAUAGUUGAAGAAAAUAUACAAACGCUUUCAGUAACCGUUCUAAGAGCGGUCUAGAUAACAAUCUAAUAAUGACCGUCAGCUGCCCGUCAUUGGAGGUAUGACCAUCAGUAAGGGCGGCACGCGGAAUUUUCUAUCGACUAGCUGACUUCUUUUCCCUCAAUAGACAAGCUGUAGUCUAUUAUCACAUUUCUAUUUAUUUAAACUGUAAUGUUUUUUUUUUAAUUUCCUUCCUAAAUUGUUUUUCAGUAGUGGGGUAAAUAUCUACACACUGUCUUUUAUUUACUUGAUUUAUUUUUACAUUGGAAAUAACUAACUUAUAUAAUAAUUAACUUAUCACUAUUUCUAUAAAUAAUUAAACUCCACUUUUCUAUUUUAUUUAAAUUCACUGGUAAUUAUUCUAUUUCGUUUCAUUCACUAUGACUUUUUUUAAUAAACUAACUCGCUGCUAAACAAGCUCAAAUAUAUAUCAGAAAGGAAUUUCUAGAAUUCUAGAGUGAACAAAUAAAUAAAGAGGCCUUCGUAGAAAUCAUAUGAAAAAACAAAAUAUCGAACGAUCCGGCGUAUUCGUCAAAUUUUAGACUUCCGUUGUAACUGGCUUCACGGUCCAUGUCGUGGACGAGCUCGUAACAAAACUAUUAUUCAUUAAUUUCAAAUGAGAUUUUUACGAUUCACUCAAGAUUCAUGGAAAUCAUGGGGUUUUUUUUCGUUCCUCAUCAUCAGUUAAAACGUGAGAUUUUUACACAGUGAACAUGAGCAAUAUUUUGAAGAUACAGUGGUGACAGUGGAACCAUGGUGUAUUUGCAAUAAAACGACCAAAAAACUAAACAUUUCACUGCUGAUACAUUGCAGAAAUGUAAAAAUAUUUUAAAAAUUCGACAAGAUAAUAAUUUGGCAAUGAGUGUUGUCAAAGUACCGUUUGAGACGAAUGAAAUGCAAUAUCAUUUCAAGUGCUACUUCGCAAUUAUUUUCCUUUCGGGGGAACAAUUCUCGUCAAUUAACUGGAAUGUUAGAAAUAUGAAGUUGGUCAAAAAAACUGACAAAAAAAUUACUUUUCAAGUUUUUCAGUUGAUUUCUGAUAUUCAAGUUAGAAAACAUGAAUUUAAUCGGGAAGAAUUUACAAAACUUGAUGCAUGCUGGAACCAGAAAUAAUCAAACAUUUUCUCUGGUAUCGUUUUCCAAUACAAACCAGACUUAUCCGCAUCAUAGAUUUGUUCUACGGAUAAAUCCUUGAUAAUAUCCAUGAAUUUGUCCUGGAAUUGUUUUACGGCGUUUUAGUUGUUUGACAAAUUCUCGCCGGUUAUUUCGAGUUGACGUAUUCCGUGUCUCUUCAGAAUUUUCCAACAACCUUUACUAGCAGAAAACUCUCCUCGCCCAAAAGCCUUUCAUGAAAGUAUUUGAAUUUCUCCAUCAUAAUAUCGCCUAAUAAGGGAAAGUUCUAUAAACCACGUAAACAAUGCAUUUUCGAAUUGUAGAUUUUCGGGCGUUUCUGUUGUCUUUCGAGCAUCUGGACCUUUUCCAUAAUUCCGCGCAAGAAUUACCUUGAUCCAAAGUCUCGUAUUUCUCAGAAAUAGUCAGGGUAACGUAAUUCCUUUUCUUUUACUUCAAAGCCAUGAUGUAAAAACACAAAUAAGAAAUGCGUAUUAUACGGCGUGACAAGUGAAAAAGCGGAAAAACGAGUGGUGGGGCGUUCGGAUUAGAAUUAUCCUGCUGUAUGUAUGAAAUCAUAUGGGAUAAGAUAAUUUGAAAUUCAAAUUCUUUUGUUAAGUUCACGCGAUCGACUGACUCAUCAAACCCCAUCUGCUGCACAAUUGACAGUUGUUUUUGUGAACAAUUUUAAAUUUAGAAAAAAAUUUUAACAAGUACCGCAACCUUCCACGCGCGCACCCACCGGUACUAUAACGACUGACUGUCGAUCGGUUUUGUCGACUACAACAUGCAGUAUUAACCUCAGCGGGGAUGAAAUUUCUCUAAAAAAAAAAGCCGCUGCCUCCCGGAUUAAAUGAUAAACACUGAUAGUAUUAACAAGGUUUGUUGAUAAAAUUUUCAAGAAAUUAAUUGUAUCAUGUUACAGUUAACUAUAAAAUAAUAACUGCAAGCAUAUGGGUGUUUAUUGCAAAUUGUAGGGAUUGUGUAAGUGGGUGUUGUAGGAAUUUACCUAAAAUUAUAUUGUUUUCUAGGUAAUUCUGUAAAUAGGCCAAGCGUUGAAGCAACAGCUAUGCACAUACAUUUGUAGUGCUGUGUUGAUGGAAUACUCAACCGCUUGGACAACCAUUUACAACAUGGUACAAAUAAGUAAUGAUAUGAUUUGUAAACAUUUACACUCUUUUUCUACUGUUUGUAUAUUUGCCUGCCUGCCCUGCUCGGGGGUGAGUAGAAUAAAUAUGGUGGAUUACCGACAUUUGUAUCAUAUUCUGUAGACCGUUGUAAUUUUUAUCUAUUCAUAUAACUUUUUAUCCAUUUUAUGAGAUUUAGAACUGUGUGGGACCUAAUAAUUUCAAACUGGUUUCACGCACUUCAUUUUUUUUAAUAUAUUAGUCUAUGUAUUUAUUGGGAAUCUUGAAAGUUGUAUAUUUUUUACUUUUCAUAACGUUUUGACAGGAGCUUUUUUACUUUGAAGAUUUUCAUUGUGAGAGGACCAGGAUUGCAGUCAAAUCACUUUGAUGCGGCAAUCAUCGGCCACUAUUUACAUCACCCAUUACAUGAAAACAGUUUAUAUCUACCAAAAAAUCACAAAUACAUUUUAUAUGUUCAUACGUUCAACACACGACUCCACCCUUUUACAUUUUCACUAAUUCUGUAAAAAUUCACUAGAUUAACGUAACUACUAAUUAAAACCUCCAUGAAGUUGGCUCCCCGAUUUAAUUAUUUUAAAAUUUUGUUAAUGCUAAUCAUUAAAAAGGAUAAAAAAGAAAAGAGGAAUAAGUUUUUAUAUAAAAACGAUUUUAAUUUAUUGUGUGAAUUUACCGUUCAUUUUUUUUAAUCAUUAGAGAAAGCAAAGGUGUGACGUCAAGCUAUCGAAUAUAUGUACAGUUUUUUAAUGGAAACAGUUUCGUCGACGCGACUCGUCUCGGAGACGCCACGGCCAGAAGUCGACGACCGCCGAAAAACAAGUCGAGACGCGAACGUCAUUCAUUUCUCACUGAUGAGCUCGCAUUGAUAUACUAAGAGGAUUGCUUGUCAAAUCUUCACAAAUUAGAUCCUUAAGGUUGCACGACGCGACGCGACCGCCACCUAUUGAGCAAUUCUGACAACAAGGAGUCGACCAUGCUGUUGAUGCGUUUCGAAGGGAAAGCAUUGCUAGUGAUUAUUGUUUGAUGGAGUAUGACUUUUUGACGGAAUAUAGUGAGAAAUUGAUUCAUCAUAACCGUGAGAUCUAUCAGAAGAAAGUUGAGGAGCGUAGUUGUGACCCGUUUGAGGUGCGUUACGAAGAUAUGGAGAAAGAUAAGAGCCAGUGGCCACGCAUGACCGAGUUAGAUAGACUGAAGUACCUAGAAAAAUUACAAGAGUUUAGAAGCUCACAAUUUCCUCACAUCUAACCUUGUAUUUCCUCCUCGUGUGAAAGUUUGUCAGGGUAACGUGUGGUAGUGCUUGGAAAGGUUCGUAUUUCCUCUUGUUAGUCUGAUAUGUGGAUUUAACUCUUAUUACGUUUUGUCUGAAUGUCCGAAUAAUUUUUCUUCUCACUUUCAUUGUAUAGUGUUUCUUUCUUUUCACUUCUAAUGAGUUCACUUUCCAUGCUAAAAUUUAUGUCUUGCGUCCCUAGGAGUAAUUGAGUUUUUUCUUAGAUAUUCAGAUAUCGAACUAAUAAAUUCAGGGUCUCAAAUCAUCUUUGACAUUUUGAUAUUUUCUAUUUUCUUGAGCCAAAAGAUUUCUCCCUUGCAGAUUGCAGCUAGCACGCAAUAAAAUGACAUCAAAUGUCAAAUAAUGUUGCAAGUAUGAGAUCUUGCAUGAAAGAAUCAGCUGAACUUCAUCUGCGCAUACUUUUGAUCAAGAAAUAUUGCGUUUUGCACAUAAUGUCAAGCGGCCUCAAUGAAAUCAGUGUACCUAAUUUUGCAUAUCCAUUUCUCGGAUCUUUGUUUCACAUCAAUUUCAAAAAUACGACCGCCAAAAUUCAGAUGUAGACUUUUCAAUUAAAGUCUAUAAACUUAUUAGAGAAAAUAAAAAUUGUUAGAAAGUAAUUAUUCCAUUUAAUAUUGAAUCAUUACCCAACCUAACCUAUAUCAGGGAGCCAACUUCAUGGAGUUAUCAAAUAAUCGUAAUAAUUGGACCGAGUCGGGUUAGGUUAGGUAAUUAUUUAAUAUUAAUCAUUAAAAUUGUUUUUACUUAAAAAUUUUUCUUUUCUCUCUUACGAUUAGCAUUAACUAAUUUUUUUAAUAAAAUUAAAUGAGGGGGCCAACUUCACUGAGGUUAAUUAUUGAUGAUGACAAGAUGGCGACAUUUUAUCAGGUCUGUUCAAUUAAAUUUCAAGUUUUGUUUUAAUGAGUAUAAAGUGAACGGAGGUGGUGUGAGAUUUUUAAUAUUCGAUUUAUUGGUAAAUGAUAAUUUCAUUUGGGAAUGUAAAUAUUUGUUCGAGCUAUCAGCCCGUCACCAUAAAAUUAAUACCAGUAUCAUGGGUAUUGAUUGUCGAUUACGUAGUUACCAUUAGUGCAAUAUAAUCGGGCUGUGCCUAUUGUGGAUUUAGCCCACCUAGGGAUAGUCAAUUUUUUUAUUAAUCUUAUUGUUAGCCGAUCGGUUUUUCGGUUUUUGUCCGUUCAGUCCAUUGGCUCUUUGACUAAGCACCAAAGUAAAGUUAUUAUUUCGUUAUUUUUUGUAACUGUGUUUUUAAAAAUAUUUAAAUUGUUUUUAUAAUUAUUUUAUACACUUUUAUAUGUUUGUUAGUGAAUUUGAGGUAAGGUUUGUACAACUUCUUGGGAAGUUCCUCGUUUACUAUUUUUGUUAGAUUUCAGACUUUUUAUGUUUUUUUUAUAAAUAUAUAUGAAAUAUCAAUUU